AUGCACUUUCCAUUGGGCAAAAAAGACGAAGUCCGGCUGCAAGCUUGGGUGAAGCUCACCGACCGCAAAGAUUUUCAGCCUACGCCAAGCUCAAGGGUCUGUAAGGACCAUUUCGAGGGCUCAGAGUUGGAAGGAAAAAGGGUGGAUGGUCGACGGCUGCUCAGGUGGAAUGCUGUGCCGACAAUCCCACCAUCUGACGGCACACAGAAAAAAGCAAGAGCCAAAGUCCGGAAAAAGUCAACCAACGAUCACCUCCAUGCAACCAGCCUUGAUGCACUGACCGAAUCGCAAAGGAGAGCAUCACCUGAGGUCACGCCAGGGCAAGACAGCGCAGUGGAGUCAUCAACAGCAGUACUCAAUAUCCAAGCUGCACCCGAGGAAUCUAGUGCACCCCAAAGGCUGGAUGGACACAGCUCUCAUGAUCGACUGGAUAGACUCGGUGUGGAGGAAGCAACCUGGUGCCGAUCUGGGCAUGUGUGCAUGUUGGUGCUCGACUCGUUCAGGUGCCAUAUCAGCGACCGUGUGAAGAACACACUUGUGGCCUGCCACACCAACCUUGUGAUCAUCCCAGGUGGCAUGACCUCUCAACUUCAGCAGCUUGACGUCUGCUUGAACAAGCCGAUGAAGGACUAUGUAGGUACAGCGUACAAUGAGCGGCUGAAUGAUGGGGAGCACGCGCUGACGCCGGCGGGGAGUUUGAAGAGGGCGACGCUUGACGACUUAGAGCACACGAAGGCCAUGUGCAAGAACAAAGCCUGGGACUACAACGAAAAGAAAGCGGUUGACCGGGCCGUGGCUUUGGAGACAGCGAUAAAAAGCACAUCCGAUGUGCACGGGUCUGGUGGCAACAGCGACCAAGUGGAAAGCGCCAGCGUCCACAAGUUGAAAGGUGACAAAGAAGAUACUAAGAAGCGAGGGGUGGCUUGUUACCGUUGCGGGUCAAGAGAGGAAGCCGCAAGGAAGGAAGAAGUCGCUGAAAACUUUAACGGUGACUAA